AUGCUCCUCUGGCUUCACCUUCUUCUCGUGGAGUUGGAAAAAAGUACAUUUUCGAAAUUACAUAUCAAAGUCGUUCCUCCUCACCAGUUUGAUACGAGCCUGCUGUGUCAGGAUCGGAAGAGACCUGCGUUCAGUCUAGUUUCGGUUCGAAAUUCAAUACAAAAGCCAGCCAUGUCCACCGAUUUGACCAUGUCCGACUUGCCGGACCUCAGCACACCCCCAAUCCAGACUCCUCAGCAUCAACAUCAGCACCCCCCGGCCGGGAAGCCGCUGGCGUCGUGGAAUACACCCAAGUUCAGGGAAGAGUAUGAGAAUACCAGAGCUCGGCUUCAGCAUGGUGAUUUCAGUUGUUCUGCUCUCCCUGAUCCGCUUGCUCCUCGUCCAGCCAUAGCAACCCACAGUCGGUUUGAUCCCCAGACGGAGGAGAGGCUGAAGGGUGUUCUCAGAGCUGCAAAGGAGUCUGUUCAAGGUGGUGGUAGUUCAUGAUAUCUAUGAGAUGGCUUGAUGCGGGAAAGGGGAAAUAUUCAAGAAGUUUUGUGCGGUGGUGAAAGGGAUAGUGAAGUUCAUGGCUAUAUUAUGAUGAUUUGAAGAUUCGGGAAUUGUUAUAGAAUGUAGGGAAUGAACAACUCUGCCCAUGAUAAUAUAAAAUUAUAUGAAGGCAUCUAUCACUCUACCACUUUAUGAAAUUGGCAAGAUGUGUGGCGUAGGUGGAAAGACAUGACGGAAUCCGAGACAUGUGGCUCUGAAUGACAUGGGUUCAGUUUGGAAUCUCGAUUCUCUUUUUCUGCUAAAGGCAAGCCAAGACACUCCG